AUAAGACAUGCUAAUGAAGACAAUCUGAGGCUCUCAAAGUUCGGUAAAGAUGCAUAUGAUCACAUUUAUCAUUUUUGCAAAUGCAUGGACAAAAAUUAUGAAGCAGCACCACUGUUAAAAAAUUUGGGAAUUUUACUAAUGCAAUUGGAUAGAACAGAUAUAUCGUUUUUUUUAUUAGAAAAAAAUACGCCUCCAUUUUACAAAUUUUCAUGCUUAGAUAAAAUAGCAAUACCGAUAAAAAAAAUGGAUAAUUUUCAUGACAACAAAAAAAGGAUGAUAGACUUUAUUAGUGUUCUCUACAGCAUCAAUACAAUUUUAGUAGAAAAUGUUAAAAUAUUGAACAAAAUAAAUUGUAUUACGGAAUCAAAUAAUCAAUCGGCGUUGACAUCAUCUUCAACACCAAAGCAUUAUUCUGAUAAA